AUGGCUUUACUCGCUUCUUCGCUUCUCUCUGCUCGUGUCAUGUUCUAUGUGCUGCGUUUGGUGGUGGUGUGGGCCAUUCGUAAAGGAAAAUUCACAUCUCCGAAUUCAAUAUUGCCUCAUGGCUUGCAAGUGUUAGACACACCUGCAUUAACGAGCGAGAAAGAUGAUAUUCAACGAACGUCCAUUCGGACACUUGAAAAAAUUGCUGGAUUAAAUGUUGUUCAUCAUCAUGAUCCGAAGAAUACCACAGAAGAGAUCUUUCCAAAACAACAAUUGAUUUUACAGUCACAAAUGAAAUGCAAAAAGUGUGGAUUUGACAAGUUACACAAAGGACAAGUUCGUGAGUCUGGAGGACUCUUAUCCAAAUUAUUUAAUAUUCAAAAUCGAAUGUUCAUUACUGUAUCUUGUUCACGAUGCAGUUUCACUGAAUAUUACGAAACCUCUCAAAGUUUCGUCUCUGAUGUGAUUGAAAUGAUGUUGAAAUAA